AUGGUAGAUGAUGAUUGGGCUACACAGAGGCCAUUGAUUCCCAUGUGUACUGAACUUACAGUAAUAGCCGAAGAGGGACAGGUGACUGGAACUGAAACUGAAACUGCAGCAACUGUUGAUUGGAAUGUAGUUGAAUUAGAUGAGCCUACUGAUUUGGUCAUUGCACCAAUGCCUGACAUUGAGAUGGCCAAACUUUUUGGCAUUCCAGUCGAUGACAGAGAUAAGCAGGAGAGGGGCGAAUCUAGUUUGCCUGCUAAUGCUGAUGAAGAAGUAGAUGGACAGUUGAUGGAACAAGCUGCGGAUGAAGUAGAUGAUGCACAUGAUGAUGAGCUGGUGCAUAUGUGUGACAAAGAAAACCCUAUCAUUGAAGUAGGCAAGUUGUUCCCAAGCAUGAAGGAGUUUAGGAUGUGUUUCAAGACUUAUGCAGUGAAACAUGAGUUUGAUGUCAAGACUGUUUGGACUGAUAGAAAGAAGUUUUAUGCGAGGUGCAGAGGAUUUGAUGGUAGUGUGAAGCCUUGCAAGUGGUACAUAUCUGCUAGACUGCAACCUGAUGGAAGUACUGUCAGGGUUAACCAAAUCCCCAAUCAACAUACUUGCAUUACAAGUUCACAGAGAGUAUCAACCAUGACAUCACAACUUUGGGAUGCAGAAAAGAUCACCCCAAUUUUAGCCAAAACACCAAACACUACUGCCAAGAAACUCAAAGUAGACUUGGAAAAGAUGUACCCCAUUAAACUGAAAUAUACCACAGCGUGGAAGGCAAAACAAAGGGCAGUGAAAAAUUUAUAUGGUGACUGGGCAAAUACAUUUAGGAUGUUUUACAACUUUAAAGCAGAGGUGGAAAAGAGGUCACCUGGCAGUGUUGUGGAGAUAGAUAUAGAGGUAUCAGCCGAAGGUGAAGUCAAGUUCUCCAAGUUUUUUAUGGCUUUGAAGCCUUCCAUCGAUGGGUUCAAAGCAGGGUGCCGUCCAUAUUUGAGCAUAGACUCAUCAUUUUUGACAGGCAAGUGGAAUGGUCAGUUGGCAGCAUGCAAUGCUCUAGAUGGACACAACUGGAUGUUUCCUAUUGCUGUUGGCUUGUUUCGGUCAGAAACAGAGGCUUCAUGGACAUGGUUCAUGAUCCAGUUGAAAAGACGCCUAGGGCCAGUGUCACCUUUGGCUAUACACACAGAUGCAUGUAAGGGGCUUGAAAAUUCAGUGAAAAAUGUUUUCCCACAUGCUGAGCAGAGGGAGUGCUUCAGUCAUUUGUGGAUGAAUUUGAUCAAAAAAUUUAGAGGAGAAGAAUUUGGGCGCAUGUGGCCAGCAGCAAGAUCUUACACUAGACAGACACACAAAUAUCAUCUUGAUAAGAUAAUGGCAGCAUGUGAUGAGUUUGGUCCAUGGCUGAACACCUACCAUUCUUUGUUAUGGUACAGGUCAGCAUUCAACACUGCCAUCAAGUGUGACCACAUCAACAACAAUUUGGCAGAGAGUUUCAACAACAAGGUGAAGGAGUUAAAAGAUUUGCCUGUGCAUGACAUGGUUGACCAAAUCAGGAUCAUGCUCAUGCGGUUGUGGGAAUUGAGAAGAAGGAUAGGUGAUUGUCUGCAAGGUGAUAAGCUUCCAGCAGUGGUACAACAGGUGGUCAAUAGGAGCAGAUGUCUUUCACAUUUGUUUGUUGAAAAAUCUUCACCUUGGGGUGCUGAAGUUAGAGAUAACAAAACUGGAAGGAGACAUGUUGUUAACACUGAAUUGCAUGAUUGCACUUGCCUCGAGUGGCAACACACUGGUAAACCAUGUGAGCAUGCCAUUCUCUUCUUAGUAUCCCAACCGAAGAUAAACAUGCACCCAUAUUUGCAUGAAUAUUAUUUGGUAGCAAGAUUCAAAGCUGCAUAUGCUACUCCAAUUCCAGCACUUACAGAUAUCAGUCUCAGUGGCCUGAAGUGGACAUUGAAUUUUCCAUGUGUCCUCCCUUGA